AUGGAGUGCGAAUCUUCGAAAAUUGUCAGUCUUCAAGAAGCCUUAAAAAUCAAUCCUAGUACUUCGAUUGAAAGUGAAUCAACUUUAAACGAUCAAACACAGUCUGUGAGUAAACAUGAAGAACAAAAAGACAAGGGAAAAGAUUUUGGUGGACAAUGCGAAUCAACAAAAGCCAAUCCAAGCUCAUUCACUACCAACUCCGGUAUUAUCUCAUCACUCCAAACGUCAUGUUCACCAACAAGCACUAUACAAGGACACUCAUUUAUCAGACGAACAUUACACAAACCAGCAUACUGUCACCAUUGUGGCGAGGUUAUAUGGGGUCUUUUAGGUAGUGGAUUUCAAUGUGAAAUUUGCAACUUACUUGCACAUGAACGUUGUCAAACCGUCGUGAGUUCUCCAUGUACAUCUGUUGCACCUCUUCAUAUAAAGUCUCCAGUAUCUCAUUGUUGGUCUGAUGUGGGUCAUUUCAAACGGAAAUUUUGCAAUGUUUGUCGAAAGCGCUUGGAGGAUAGUCUUUCUGUAAGAUGUGAAGUUUGUGAAUAUUAUUGUCAUGUGGAUUGUCAAGAUUAUUCUAUCAAUGACUGUAAACAAGGUGCAACAUGUUCACCAGGAAAACCUGUGUGUUCGCCACGUCAAACUCAUCACUGGAGGGAGGGAAAUUUACCAACCAAUUCUAAGUGUUUCAUAUGUCGUAAGACAUGCUGGUCAUCUGAAUGUCUUACAGGUUAUCGUUGUCAAUGGUGCGGUAGAACUAGUCAUGCAGGAUGUAUAGAGAAAGUGGAUGAUGAAUGUGAUUUCGGUCCUUUACGCGAUAUCAUGUUACCUUCAUUCUGUGUUAGCCUCCCACGGAUGAAUAUUCCUAUUGAACAUGUGAUUGGAGUAACUAAACGUCCACGAGGUCGAGCUAUUUCAGCUGAUUGGUCAAGCAGUGGAGAAAGCAAAGAGGAUAGUUGGCAAGAUACACGAUCUCCGAGAGAAACUAUAGACCGUGCUAGUAGUGAUGAAUAUUUAUGUGUAUUCGAUGGUGUCGGAGCUUUAAAGAGACGUUCAUGUCGAAGUUUCAGUUUUUCUAAAUCAAUGUCUACUUAUUCGGCAGUUAAACGGUUUUUGAAAACAUUUCAUUUAGCUGGUACGCCUGAUUAUUACAAUGUAUAUGAAGUUAAUGAACAUGAUGGGACUGAAAACAAACUUAAUUAUCAUGUCAAUCUUCGUAGUCAGUUGAGAUUUGAUUUAAAGCAACCUUCCAUAUUGAUUCGAUCUAAAGAACCGGAGGAAUCAACGAUUACCAUUAAAGUGUACGCUGGAGAUUUACGCUUACUACUUGCUCCUCAUGUACCGCCAUAUGAAGAGGUGACUAUUAAUUCCGAAACUACUGCAUCCAAAGUGGUUGCAAUGGCUUUGAAUAAUUUUGGUUGUGGACAUAUGAGCCCAGAUGACUGUUAUUUAAGCAGUGUUUGUGUUGAUCGUACAGUUAGUGAACAAUUAUUAAAUAAAGAUGAUCGUCCAAUGCUGCUACUUGAUCAGUUGCGUGAAGAAUCAGCUAGAAUAUCACAAUUCACUCGAUUCGAAUUACGUUUUGUUGAAGAUCCUCCUAUCGGCCCUAGCGUCUCCUUGUUUGUAGGCAAUCUUAAAGAAAACCUAUCACAACGAUUGUAUGAACGUGUAUUAUUAGACAAAUUAGGUGAAAAAUGUCGUUGGGAUUCAAUUGAAGUAAUAUAUUAUGAAAGUGGUUGUCUUGUUUUAAAUUAUCACUCAAGUGAAAAAGCUGAACAAGCUUAUGAAUUAUUAAAUGAAUCUAUAUUUAUGAAUAAACCAAUAACUGCUCUACUUCUCCCAACAAUUCACCCACAAAAUUUACCUAAAGGAAUUCAACCACUUUUAGUAUUUGUCAAUUUAAAAUCUGGAGGUUGUCAAGGUGUCGAUUUAAUUGUUGCUUUUCGUCGAUUACUCAAUCCAUUUCAAGUAUUUAACCUUGAUUAUGGUGGUCCUUUACCUGGUCUGUACUGCUUUCGUCAUUUAGCUUCAUAUAAGAUUCUUGUUUGUGGUGGAGAUGGUACAGUAGGAUGGACAUUGUCAUGUUUGGAUAUUGUUGGACAGGAUGCAGCAUGUAACGCUCCUCCUAUUGCUCCUCUUCCUCUUGGGACUGGUAAUGAUCUAUCUCGUGUUCUUCGAUGGGGUUCUGGUUAUUCAUCAGCUGAUGAUCCUCUAACUAUUUUAAAGGAUGUAGUUGCCGCUGAAGAAGUGAAGUUAGACCGAUGGACGUUGAUUGUUCGACCAGAAGAAGAUUUUAAAGAUGAAACAAAAUUAGCUUUAGAAUUGCAAACCAAUGCAUCAAAUACAAAUGAAGAUAAUUCAAUUAUGAUUAUUAUGAAUAAUUAUUUUGGCAUCGGUAUAGAUGCUGAUUUAUCAUUAGAUUUUCAUAAUGCACGUUCAGAGAAUCCAUCAAAAUUCAAUAGCCGUAUUCACAAUAAAGGUGUUUAUUUUAAAAUUGGUUUAAGAAAAAUGAUUAAUCGAACUAUUUGCAAAGAUUUACACAAACAAAUUGUAGUUAUUGCUGAUGGGAAAAUUGUCAUAUUACCACCAAUUGAAGGUCUAGUUGUAUUAAAUAUUCUUUCUUGGGGUGGUGGAGCUAAUCCAUGGAAUGCGGAAAAGCAUGAUGAUGAAUUUGUUAAACCUACACAUUAUGAUGGUUUACUUGAAAUUGUUGGUAUUUCUGGUGUAGUUCAUAUGGGACAAAUCUAUUCUGGUCUUGGCACUGGGAUUCGUCUUGCUCAAGCAGCACAUUUGAAAAUUUGGCUUAAAUCUGAGCUUCCUAUUCAAGUUGACGGCGAACCAUUUAUUCAUCCACCUGGUCAAAUUACUGUACUACGUUCCGCAUUGAGUGCCAAUAUGUUAAGAAAGGUUAAACGACCUAAACGAAUACCUGGUACAGAGGACUAUGGAUUGAAUCAAUUAUCAUCUACUACAGAUCAACAGUAUCAAAAUUCAAUACAACAAUAUUCAACCAUAAGAUUACAUGAUUUCAGUUCAUCAUCUGAUUAUUCAUCUUUAAAUGUGAUACAGAAUAUAAAGGAAGAUUUACAACUUCCUAUAAAUAAGUUAAAUAUGGAUCCAUUCAUUUCUGAUACACCUACUUAUAGUAAACCAAUAAUUAAUUUAACAUCAAAACCAAUUUAUAAUAAGGUUAAUACACCAACCAAUACUGUACAGUCAUCAACAGUGUCUGCAGUACAUUCAAAUGAUAACGACAAUACCGCUGUUUAUCAUCAAGGAAGCCUUACAAACACUUUAAAUCAAUUAAGUUUAGGCAGUAAUAUUCGCAGUCAAUAA